AUGAAACCGCUCCAGAACACAGAAGGACUAUCACCAGUGACUGAAGAGGAGGGAACACCUGAACCAGAGGUCACGGUGGAACCUCCAGGAGACUCUGACGUGGGAGUUCCUCCAGAAACUACCGAUGAGGGAACAACAGAGGAGGACGAGCCAGAACCAGAAUCUUCUCCUGAAGUCGAGACAGAAACAGUCCCAGAAGCUCCGAGUGAAACAUCUCCGGACGUUGUUACUGAAUCCCAUCCAGAACCGACUUUAGAGGUGGAACCACCUGAGCAGGACGAUCCAGAGUCGCCUGCUGCACCUGAAGAAGAAGAAGAAGAAGAAGAAGGAACCCCGAGCGAGCACGGCGCCCCUGGUCCUCCUGCAGAGGUCGAUGAUGUCGCUCCAGCAGCAUAUUCAGAAGGAGUUGGGACAGAAGAGACCCGAGGUACGGCAAGCGAGGAGGCAACGCCAAAGUACGUAGAGGAGUACAACAACGGCAACUUCCCCGAUCCAACGGAGAGAACAGACGAGCCUGACGACAACUUACUGGGGAACAACGGCUUCGACUUCGAGGAGCAGCAGGAGAACGCGAUCGGUAACGAGAUCGACGCCAGCUUGCUCCGCCCCCCGCGGCCUCUGAAGGAUCAGCUGGUGGAGAUGAGCGUGAAGCUGAGGACGGAGACCUUCAGCGACGCUCUGAGGAACCCCAGCAGCUCCCAGUACCAGCAGCUCAGCAGGCACUUCACACGCAGGAUAGAGGAGGCUCUGGUCAGACUGCCGGGCUUUAAGAGCGUCUACGUGGUCGAGUUCAGAGGUUUGGUGGUGCUGGUUCACUACUCCGUCACCCUGGAGGUGGACUCGGGCGGUGUUUCCAACGACACGCUGGACUUCCUGUCUCAGCAGAACUUCCUGGUGGAGAAGAACUACCCGGCGGCGGCGGAGCAACCGACCGUCGUCUACACCAUCACCGACUUCAGGAACUACAUCACCGAGGCGCUGCACAAAGACAACUUCAUGACCAACAGCAGCCUGGAGACGCACAACCAGCCGCUGUUGCCAGAUGAGAACUUACUUCCUGCUGUGAAGCCGACGAUCCGACCGGCCGAAGCCUUCGACAGCAUGGAAAACGUCCUCGCCGCCGAGAAGCCUCCCGACGCUCCGAGCCACGAGGCCGAAGGCGACGGCAACGCCUUCCUGAAGAAAGACGACUUCCUGUUCGACCCGUUCGACUCGUGGAAAGGAGCUCAGAGCGAAGAGGCGAGCGAGAACGACGUGUUCACGUUCGAGGAGAGCCCCACGCUUCCCGCCAAAAACCCCGAGAAGACCGACGACCUAAUGCUGCGGACGGAGACCGAACCCCUCGAGGUGACGACAUCUUCGCCGUGGAGCCUCAAACCGGCUCUGAGGCCGACGGGUCCGGUUCUGGUUCCUCUGGAGACGGCGAGGACGCAGAUCUGUGGUGGUGGCAGCCGGCGGGGGGGGGCGUCUGAGCGGGGGGACAACAGCCUGGAGGUCCUCCCACCGCCGGACCUGGAGGACGAGGACGGGGCCGAGGAGGACGACGCUGCCGGUUUUGAGGCGCCGACCAGCAAACCGCCUUCACCGACGACGACACCUGCAACGUCUGAGGAGUCGAAGCUGGACGGGAGCGAGGAGGAACCGUUCUUGGAUCAGGUUCUGGUGACUCCACACAUCAGUACAGACCCUCAGUACUCCAGCACCACCAAGGCGCCGGUGUUCCUGCCCAAAGACACCUUCUCAACUCUACCACACAGCAUCUUGGAGCCGGCCACAGAGGGUCCCGCACCUGAAUCUUGGACUCGUGAAGCUGCUGUUUUUGCAGGUGCAACUGAUCCAAGUCCGGAGGCGCCAACGGUUGGGUUGACUGAAGUCGCUGCACCUGAGGAGGCGGUUGAGGUUGAGGUUGAGGAGGCGCCAACGGUUGGGUUGACUGAAGUCGCUGCACCUGAGGAGGCGGUUGAGGUUGAGGUUGAGGAGGCGCCAACGGUUGGGUUGACUGAAGACGCGGCACCUGAGGAGGCGGUUGAGGUUGAGGUUGAGGAGGCGCCAACGGUUGGGUUGACUGAAGACGCGGCACCUGAGGAGGCGGUGGAGGUUGAGGUUGGGCCUGGAGUCGCUGAUUCUGAGGCUCCACCAACCGAAGAGUCGCCGACUUUCAUCGAAGCGCAGCCGGUCACAGUCAAAGAAUCCGGCUUUGAUAUCGUCACUCCAGAACCGUCAGAUGUGGAAGUCUUCACUGAAACCCCCGAGCUGCUGCUGCUGCUGCCGGAAACCAAACACCCCGAUGAGGUCGAGAUUCUGGAGGAGCAACACAUCAGCGUUUCUGAUCCAGCGCCGACAAAGCCGCCGGUCGCCUCCGUGGACGAGGACCUGGCUGUGGAUGAAGUCAUGAUCGUCACAACAGCCGCCGCUCCGGUGCAGACCUCGUCCUCCGUGAGCUCCGACCACGGCGGCGGCAGCAGCAUCGCGCUCUCCCCCGAGAAGGACUCGCCGUUCACUCGCGUGUCGGAUUCGGCGCCGGAAGACGAGGAUCUGGUUCAGCACGAGCAGCCGAACCACGAGGACGAGGUUCCGCUGAGCGCCGCCGAUGUUUCCGCUCCGGCAGAAAGAUCGCCAGGCGUUUCACCACAAGACGAAGAUCCAGGUGCUAGCUUAACCGGAGCUUCAGACGUCGUUGCCGUGGGCGACGUCCUCCAAACGCCGACGUCCUCGCAGGUCAACGACAGCACCCCCGUCACCGAGAUCCAGCUGUUCGAGCACACCUUCUCCAACAUACCGGGCAUCGACGUCAGCUUCGACGUGUUCGGCGUGGCGACCGAAGGCGACAGCAGCGGCUUCUCCAGCGGCGCUCAGGGCUCGGACAUGGACGGCGUCGCCAUGCCGACCAGACCGGGCCGAGCGCUGACGGUGUUCUUCAGCCUCAGGGUGACCAACAUGGCGUUCUCCAUGGACCUCUUCAACAAGAGCUCCCCCGAGUACAAAGCCCUGGAGCAACGCUUCCUCCAGCUGCUGGUCCCGUACCUUCAGUCCAACCUGAACAACUUCCAGAACCUGGAGAUCCUGAACUUCCGGAACGGUAGCAUCGUAGUGAACAGCCGCAUGAGGUUCGGGAAGCCGGUUCCGAGAGGCGUCACCAACGUGGUCUACCUGAUCCUCGAGGACUUCGCCAACACCGCCUACAAGACCAUGAACCUGGCCAUCGACAAGUACUCGCUGGACGUGGAGUCAGGCGACCGAGCCGACCCGUGUAAGUUCCAGGCGUGUAACGAGUUCUCUCGCUGCCGGGUGAACCGCUGGUCGGGCGAGGCGGAGUGCGUGUGCGACCCCGGAUACCUCAGCGUAGACGGACUUCCCUGUCAGAGCGUCUGUGAGCUGCAGGAAGACUUCUGCCUCAACGACGGCAAAUGUGACAUCAUCCCCGAAAAGGGCGCCAUCUGCAGGUGUCGGGUUGGGGAGAACUGGUGGUACCGCGGCGAGCACUGUGAGGAGUACGUGUCGGAGCCGCUGGUGGUCGGCAUCGCCAUCGCCUCGGUGGUCGGCUUCCUGAUGGUGGCGGCGGGAACCGUGUUCUUCCUGGCGAGGACGCUACGGGAGCAGUACGACCGCGAGGAUACGGAGGACCCGCCAAGACGGGGUGACAGCGUGCCGACUCUGGAGCGAGCGACUAAAUUCAACCCGAUGUUUGAGAGCGACCCGGUCAGCGCUCAGUACUACCGUCGCUAUGACGACGAGCAGCUACAGUACUAUCUCCACGGCAACCACGAGCACGCUCAGUACAGCAGCGACACAGACAGCGAAGAGAUGAAACACGUUUAUCACAACGGCUCCUUAACUAAAGAGGAAAUCCAGGAGCGUCUGAGGAUCAUAGAGUUGUGCUCCAAAGAUCAAAACUUUGCCGACUUUGUUCGACAAACUCAAGAGCAGAUUCCUGGAGAGGAGAGGGAGCUCCAGCACAUAGCCACCACCUCGAGUCCUCCGCUGCUUUACCGAAUGUGCACCACUGUUUACAUUUCUCAACCGAUGCUGGAGUGUUAA